AAGAUGCUGAUGAAGCAGCAGGACCGGCUGGAGGAGCGCGAGCAGGACCUCGAAGACCAGCUGUGCAAGCUGGAGUCCGACAAGCGCCUGGUGGAGGAGAAGGUGAGCCAGCUGAAGGAGGAGGUGCGGCUGCAGUACGAGAAGCUGCACCAGCUGCUGGACGACGACCUGCGCCAGACGGUGGAGGCGCUGGACAAGGCCCAGGCCAAGUUCUGCAGCGAGAACGCGGCGCAGGCGCUGCACCUGGGGGAGCGCGUGCAGGAGGCCAAGAAGCUGCUGGGCUCGCUGCAGCUGCUCUUCGACAAGACGGAGGACGUGGGCUUCAUGAAGAACACCAAGUCUGUGAAGAUCCUGAUGGACAGGACCCAGACCUGCACGGGCAGCAGCCUCUCUCCCCCUAAGAUCGGCCACCUGAACUCCAAGCUCUUCCUGAACGAGGUGGCCAAGAAGGAGAAGCAGCUGCGGAAAAUGCUGGAAGACUCGAGCCCCGUGUUCCCGCCGUCACAGUUUCCCAACGGCCCGGCCGCCCAGCAGCCCAUGCUGCCCCAGUACAGCGGCCGCAAGAUCCUCGUCUGCUCCGUGGACAACUGUUACUGUUCUUCCGUGGCCAACCACGGCGGCCACCAGCCCUACCCCCGCUCGGGCCACUUCCCCUGGACAGUGCCCUCGCAGGAUUACUCUCACCCGCUCCCGCCCGCGCCCUCCGUGCCCCAGUCCCUCCCCGGCCUGGCGGUCAGAGACUGGCUCGACGCCUCCCAGCAGCCCGGCCACCAGGAUUUCUACAGGGUGUAUGGGCAGCCGUCCACCAAGCAUUACGUGACGAGCUAACGGACCCCCGAGGCCCUGGAGCCCGGCCCUCCGCCUCCCUCCGGCCGGGUCUUUUCCUUUUGGGUUUUCUUUCGUUUGGGCUUUGCUCUGGUUUUUUGUGGUGAGUCUUCAGGACACAGAGCUGGCCCCAGGGGUGGAAGGUGCCUCCUUGUUGGGCGCUGUGCGGUCUCCCCUGUUCCCUCUGCUCUGCACCCCCACGGCUGGAAGGAGCCUCGGCCUCCCCUGCGGCUCUGGGGCCCCGCCCUUCUCGCCGCCCCCGGGAGGAAGGCCUGGCGCCCGCCAACCCACCCCUCCCGGGCAGUCUGAUCACUGAUGGAGUGAGGAGUGGCCUGCCGAUCGCGGGACUUCCGUUUUUGUUUUUAAGUUUUUUAAGCCAAGGAUGAUUUCUCCCGCCUCCUCCCCUCCCCGUCCUCCCAGACGGAGGCCCGAGGCCGCCUCCAGCCUCCGCUAGAGUCCUUCACCGGUGGGAGCCCCCUGUCUAGGAAGGGCGACGGAACUUUGCCAAUGAUAGUGACCACAGCAGAAGCAAAUAAUAAUAAUAUUAAUAAUAAUAAAGAGAAAUAAAAGAAAUAAUACAAUAAA